CAAGGUGUUUGUAAUUACUGGGGCUGGUAUAAGUGCUGAGAGCCGGAUUCCAACAUUUCGGGGAGCAGGUGGAUUAUGGAGGAAGUACGCAGCCACUGAUUUGGCAACGCCUGAAGCGUUUGGAAAUAAUCCUAGCCUCGUGUGGGAGUUUUAUCAUUAUCGCCGUGAGUUAGUGGCCUCGAAGUCGCCAAAUGCCGGUCAUUAUGCCAUUAAGGACCUAGAAAAGUUGUUCACUGAUGCAAAAAGAUCGUUUACCUUAGCCACACAAAAUGUGGAUGGCUUGCAUGCGGUUGCUGGGAGCAAGAAUGUUAUUGAAUUGCACGGUAGUCUUUUCAAGGUCCGUUGCACGAAAUGUCAGAAAGUCACCGAAAAUCGGACAAGCCCAAUUUGCCCGGCGUUAGCAGGCCGAGGCGCGCUGAACGCUUCCAACGAGCUAGCCAUCCCGGUUUCGGAGCUACCCCGGUGCACGGACUGUGGAGGCCUACUUCGUCCACACGUUGUCUGGUUCGGUGAGCAACUGGACCCGGUGAAUCUGAGUUCAGCCGAGGCGGCAGCAGCUGAAGCGGACGUCUGCCUUGUGGUGGGCACCAGUUCUGUGGUCUACCCGGCCGCAGGUCUGGCCCUGAUCGCGGCCAGACGUGGAGUUCCCGUCGCCGAGGUCAAUCUGGAGCCUACACCCGUCACCACGACUGUUUCGUGCGUCAAGUUCCCAUUCCAGCUAAUUGGGAGUUUCCAUGUGCCUUACCUUACCCCGUUUUCUCGUGUUGUAGAUUCUACUUUGAAGGGAAAGCCGGGACCAUCUUACCGCAGCUACUCGGAGAUCUCAUUCUCGUCUAAGAUUUGGAGUAUUGUACUAAAAUUCACCUCUAUCUAA